CCCUCUCUCUGCUCUCCUACAAAAACAAAGCAACAAUAGAGAAAGAGAGAAACUUGGUUUCUCUGCAAUGCUGCGUUAGAUUCUGUACUUUUUUAGAUCUUGAACCCCCAUUUGUUCAAAGAAGUGUUGAUUUUCAACGGAUUCCAUUGCAAGCAAGUAGAGUACUGUGAUUGAGAAGAUGAGAAUCAACCUUUGUUGUCUUGUUCUUCUCGCUUUGGUUCUUGUUCAUGGCGUUAAUGGUGAGAACCCGUAUAGGUUCUUCACGUGGAAAAUCACUUAUGGCGAUAUCUACCCACUUGGUGUCAAGCAGCAGGGGAUCUUGAUUAAUGGGCAGUUUCCAGGACCAACCAUCGAUGCGGUUACUAAUGAUAACUUGAUUAUCAGUGUCUAUAACUACCUUAGAGAGCCAUUCCUGAUUUCUUGGAAUGGGAUACAGCAGAGGAGAAACUCAUGGCAAGAUGGAGUUUAUGGAACCACCUGUCCUAUCCCUCCGGGGAAAAACUUCACCUACAUCCUCCAAGCGAAGGACCAGAUUGGUAGCUUCUACUACUUCCCAUCACUUGGAUUCCACAAGGCUGCUGGAGCAUUUGGUGCAAUCCGGCUCUGGAGUCGUCCUCUGAUUCCUGUGCCUUUCCCCAAUCCCGCUGGAGAUUUCACUCUUUUGGUUGGGGACUGGUACAAGACUAAUCAUUAUAUAUUGAGACGCCUUUUGGACAGUGGACGCAAUCUUCCCUUCCCUGAUGGGCUUCUCAUCAAUGGUCGUGGAUGGAAUGGAAACACAUUUACAGUUCAACCGGGGAAGACAUACAGGUUCAGGAUAUCCAAUGUAGGGAUUGCUACUUCCAUUAACAUCAGAAUUCAAGGUCACAAGAUGAAACUGGUGGAGGUAGAGGGAUCUCAUACACUUCAGAAUACCUACGAUGCGUUUGAUCUCCAUCUUGGGCAGUCCUCUUCGUUUUUGGUCACUGCUGAUCAGGCGGCUCAGGAUUACUACAUUGUUAUAUCUUCACGCUUCACCACCCGUGUGCUCACCACAACUGCUGUUCUUCAUUAUAGCAAUUCGGGUAGAGGAGUUUCUGGUCCCAUCCCUGAAGGGCCAACUACUCAAAUUGCUUGGUCUCUCAGCCAAGCAAGAUCUAUACGUUGGAAUUUGACAGCCAGUGGGCCUAGACCCAAUCCCCAGGGCUCUUACCACUAUGGACUGAUCAAGACCAGCCAGACAAUCACUCUUGCAAAUUCUGCUCCUUUCAUUAAUGGCAAGCAGAGAUACGCUGUCAAUAGUGUUUCCUUUCUUCCCCCAGACACGCCAUUGAAACUUGCAGACUACUUCAAGAUUCCUGGGGUGUUCUAUGUGGGAAGCAUUCCAAGCAACCCCAAUUUUGGCAAUGGCUAUCUCCAAACCUCAGUCAUGGGGGCUAAUUUCCGCGAAUUUGUUGAGAUUGUCUUCCAAAACUGGGAGGAUAGUGUACAAUCAUGGCACAUAGAUGGUUAUUCCUUCUUUGUUGCGGGGAUGGAUGGAGGGCAGUGGACGGCUGCAAGUAGAGCACGCUACAACCUUCGAGACACUGUUGCCCGUUCCACUGUUCAAGUAUAUCCAAGGGCAUGGACUGCAAUAUACAUUGCAUUGGACAAUGUGGGAAUGUGGAACAUCAGGUCUGAAAACUGGGCAAGGCAAUACUUAGGCCAGCAGUUCUAUCUCAGGGUUUACACUUCUUCAAACUCAUGGAGAGAUGAGCUUCCGAUCCCAAAGAACGCUCUACUUUGUGGCAGGGCCAGAGGGCGUCGCACAAGGCCUCUUUGAGUGAAUUAGCUAGACAUAUUAUCGUGUCACGAAGGGGUGAUUAGUUAAUCUAAUUGUUUUCAUUGCGGGAGAUUGCAGAUUCAAGAGCUUUACUUGAGCUCUGAGUGAUUUUAGAGUUCCUGGUUGGUUUAUUAUAUUUCUAUUACCACCUGAUGGGAAUGCAUUGCUGCCUUUGUUAUCAUCUUGGAUUCAAUCCAAUGUGCAUAACUUGUUAUUUAUCCCACAAGACUACAAAAAAUGUUUGGAUAGAAUAAUCAGUUCUAACAAAAA